UAACCAUUAGGGCCUGAGCAAGUGGCCUUAACACAUGGAUUUCCUUCCAAAAAUGCAGGCCUAUUUUAAUUAAAUUUGUAAUUAACCUCAGGGGAGGGCAGGCCCCCUGCAUUUGGUCUGCUUUGGAGACAACAACAAGAUGGGAGUCAUGGUUGUGCUGAUGCUGCCCCUGCUGCUGCUGGGAAUCAGCGGCCUCCUCUUCAUCUAUCAGGAGGUGUCCAGGCUGUGGUCAAAGUCGGCCGUGCAGAACAAAGUGGUGGUGAUCACUGACGCCAUCUCAGGACUGGGCAAGGAGUGUGCCCGGGUGUUCCACACAGGUGGGGCAAGACUGGUGCUGUGUGGAAAGGACUGGGAGAAGCUCGAAAGUCUCUAUGACUCCUUGAUCAGUGUGGCUGACCCCAGCAAGACAUUCACCCCCAAGCUGGUCCUACUGGAUCUCUCAGACAUCAGCUGUGUCCAAGAUGUGGCGAAAGAAGUCCUGGAUUGCUACGGCUGUGUGGAUAUCCUCAUCAGCAAUGCCAGCAUGAAGGUGAAGGGGCCUGCCCAUAAGAUUUCUCUGGAGCUCGACCAAAAGAUCAUGAAUGCCAAUUACUUUGGACCCAUCACCUUGACCAAAGGCCUGCUUCCUAACAUGAUCUCCCGGAGGACGGGCCAGAUCGUGCUGGUGAACACCAUCCAUGGGAAGCUCGGGCUCCCUUUCCGGACAGCUUACGCUGCCUCCAAACAUGCUGCCCUAGGCUUCUUUGAUUGCCUGCGAGCAGAAGUGGAGGAAUACGACGUGGUCGUCAGCACCGUGAGCCCAACUUUCAUCCGGUCCUACCACACUCAUCCCGAGCAAGGAAACUGGGACACAUCCAUUUGGAAAUUCUUUUUCAGGAAGCUGGCCCCAGGAGUGCACCCGGUGGAGGUGGCCGAGGAGGUGAUGCGCACAGUGCGGCGGAAGAAGCAGGAGGUGCUCAUGGCCAACCCCAUCCCCAAGGCCGCCGUGUACAUCCGCGCCUUCUUCCCCGAGUUCUUCUUCGCCGUGGUGGCCUGUGGGGUGAAGGAGAAGCUCAGUGUCCCAGGGGAGGGCUAAUGGGAGGGCUCAGAAUGGUCUCUGCGUAAGAAUAAAGGCUCUGCCGGCCGUGG